AUGCCUUUUGUUAAGGACUUCACUCCAGUUGCCCUAGGUGACACCAACCUGUUCAAGCCAAUUAAGAUUGGUAACAGCCAGCUGCAGCACAGAUGUGUGUUGCCUCCUCUAACGAGAAUGAGGGCUCACCACCCGGGGAACGUCCCCAACAAGGACUGGGCCGUCGAGUACUACGACCAACGUUCCAGGAGACCAGGCACCAUGCUUAUCACGGAAGGUGCCUUCACGUGCCCUCAAGCUGGUGGUUACGACAACGCUCCAGGUAUUUGGUCCGAGGAGCAAGUUGCCCAAUGGAAGAAGAUCUUCGCCAAGAUUCACGAAAACAAGUCCUUUGUGUACGUGCAACUAUGGGUUUUGGGUAGACAGUCCUACGCUGACACUUUGGCCAGAGACGGCUUGAGAUACGACUCCGCCUCGGACAACGUGUACAUGGACGAGGAGCAAAAGGAGAGAGCUUUGAAAUCCAACAACCCACAGCACGGUAUUACCAAGGACGAGAUCAAGGAGUACAUCAAGGCCUACGUUCACGCAGCCAAGAACUCCAUUGCCGCGGGCGCCGAUGGUGUUGAAAUCCACAGUGCCAACGGCUACCUACUAAACCAAUUCUUGGACCCUAUCUCGAACCACAGAAUUGACGAGUACGGUGGAUCGAUCGAAAACAGAGCCAGAUUCACACUGGAGGUCGUGGACGCCCUCGUGGACGCCAUUGGCGCCGACAAAGUCGGUAUCAGAUUCUCCCCAUACGGUACCUUCGGUACCAUGUCCGGUGGUGCAGAAUGUUCAAUUGUUGCCCAAUACGCCUACGUUGUCGGUGAAUUGCAGAAGAGAGCAAAUGCAGGGAAACCCCUGGCCUUCAUCCACUUGGUCGAGCCUCGUGUCACCAACCCAUUCUUGACUGAAGGUGAAGGUGAGUAUCACCAAGGUACCAACGACUUUGUCUACUCCAUCUGGAAAGGCCCUGUCAUCAGAGCCGGUAACCUGGCCCUACACCCAGAAGAGGUCAAGAAACUAGUCGAAGACGACAGAACGUUGAUCGGUUACGGUAGAUUCUGGAUUGCCAACCCUGAUAUCGUCGACCGUAUCGAGAAGGGCCAGCCUCUAAACAAGUACAACAGGGACGCUUUCUACUCCAUGACCUCAGAAGGUUACUUGGACUACCCAACCUACGACGAAGCCGUCAAGUUGGGCUACUAG